UGAACAUCCGACUUGGGAGAGCGAGUUGCAGAGGCAUUGUUUACAUAUAUCACGACAAGAUUAAUCGAUACUUAUAUUCACGAUAGCUUCCUCAGCCAGCGCCCGUCUCGUGCAGAUCGCUCGCACAAUGUCAACGACUUCGAAGACCCCGUCGAGCGCCGGCGUCGCGCCAUGGCGGCCACUCUUCUGUUCCCAUCUCUCCAAGAUGGACUCUCCCGAAUUCGUCUUCACAUCUCUCCACCCAGCAGAAUCCAAAGACUCGCCAGUCCCAUAUGUCCCGCGAGCUAGAACCUGCAUUUAUCGGGGGAUGUGGGCAGAGCUGCCCGAGAACAAGCACAACGAGGCACCGAAAAAUGAUCGAGUCUACGAGAGCGAUCUCUUGACUAUGACAACCGAUGUUAGGAUGGCGAAGGUUCCAGAGAUAUUUGCUAGUUCACCUGGUCAUGGUGAUGUUUCUCAGAGCCAGGGAAGCGGAGGAGGUGGACCUGUUGAAGCUGUGUUUUGGGUGAAGGAUGUGAUGACACAAUGGAGGAUCAGAGGGGAUGCAUAUAUCGUGGGUCAAGAUAUCGAGGGUUCUGGAGAGGAGUCCAGCGGGACGAGGACCGUGAAGAGUAAGGUUGGAGAGAGGAUGCGGAUUGUGAAGGAGGAGGGGAGGGACAGCUGGAGCUGGGGCACAGAGCUCACCGCUCACUUCGGCAAUCUGAGUCCCGGCAUGAGGGGUAGCUUCAGAAAUCCUGUCCCUGGUUCUCCUGUUUCGAUUCCGCCGAGUGAUAAGAACUUGGGAUUGGGACAGCGAGUUAAUGAUCUACAGGAUGAGGUUGCGAGGAAGAAUUUUAGGGUCAUCAUUAUCAAGCCCGAUGAGGUUGAGCAGGUCGAUUUGAGCGUCCCCGACAAGUCUCGGCGGUGGAAGUACACCUUCGUCGGACCGAAUGGCAGCGAGACUCCGCGGGGUAAAGAAGUCGGUAAAUGGAAAGUUGAAGAGCUUUGGCCCUGAUAUUAUUUGCAGGAGAUGUUGUUUCUGCCACGUCUGCAAGAGAGAAGUGUUACAAACUGGUGGAGAAGGAAGACCAAGGGUUGCCGUGACGAUUCGUAUUUGACCGUAUCGCAUCAACUUCAAGGCCUGAGCCGACAUUGUGAUCGCUGUGUGCCGUGAUGCUUUAUUUAUCCCAUCCAAUUUACCCAUUCUUCCUUGACCUUUUUGCUCCCCGAGCAAAAGUCCGAGCACCUGCGCCUCUCUUUGAAAGCACGUUUUUCACCAGGAUUAAGUUCACACGUUAUCUCCACCCCAUGUCAUUAAUUUUGUUUCCCUCACGGCGGCUUCGAUUUGGCGUUCUCGAAACCUUCGAAGGCGUCAGAGGCUCUUUUCAAUCUCAGACCGGAUCUGGUGAGGAGCUUCCCCGUAGUGGAGAGCUCAGAGCCCUACGCUUUGA